GAAUGUCCCGAACCUUUCUGACUAUCUUCUUCUGUUCAGCAGUGGCUCCAGGAGCAACCUCCUCAGCUUCCACCUGCAAAUCUCCAACUGGGCCUGCUAUUGGAGGUGCCUGUGCUGCUGGCCAGGUUGUCAUUCAGGACUACUGCUGUUGGGAGGAUGAUGUCUACAAGCUUCCCGCUGAGAGCUGCAAAAACGCAUUUGGUCCGGCUAUAAUGGGAUACUGCUCGGACGGGCAAGUUGUCGUAGGAGAUAUUUGUUGCGAAGCUCAGGAUGUAUACGAUUCAUCCACCGCGACUUGUCAGGAAGGUAAAUCUGUCGGGCCGGCGGGCGCUGGAGGAUCCUGUCCUCAAGGGGCCUCUAUUACCAAGGGAAGUGUCUGCUGCUGGAACGAAGGGAUUCAAGACGCCCCCGCUUCCGCCUGCAAGUCCUCUGCUAGUCCAGCAAUUCUUGGAAUCUGCCCAUCCGGACAAGUACUCAUCGGAAAUUAUUGUUGUGAAGCUAAAGAUGUGUACGACCCAUCCACCGCUACUUGUCAGAGGGGUUACGAAGCUGGACCGUAUGGCACCGGCUUAACCUGCCCGGAAGGUACCUCUCCCACAACAAAGGAAGCCGUCUGCUGCUAUUUCGACGGAAUUCAAGUUCUUUCCGCCUGCAAGUCCUCUGCUGGUCCAGCAGUUUUCGGAAGCUGCCCACCGGGUCAAGUAGUUGUAGGAAGCGAUUGUUGUGAAGCUAAGGAUGUGUACGAUCCCUCUACCGCUACCUGCCAGAAAAAUGAAGAUGUUGGACCAGCUGCCGUCGACGGAGCCUGUCCAGCAGGAACUUCUCUUACCAAGGGAAGUGUCUGCUGCUGGAACGAAGGAAUUCAUUUUUAAUUUUAAUGUUUUUUUGCGAUUACCAGAAUAAACUAUUUCAGUGAAU